AUUGCGACUUUUCCGCUUUGCCGUUUUCCGUUUCUUUCUAGUUCCUCCAUGGAAUGUGUGAUGCUUUGGCUGCUGCUGUUCUUCUGCUUCCCUCUGGUUCAAGCCUCCGACAGCUUACUUUCUCCCAAGGGCGUUAACUAUGAAGUGACUGCUUUGAUGUCUAUAAAGAGCAAGUUGAAAGAUACUCUUCAUGUUCUUGAUGGAUGGGAUAUUAACUCGGUCGAUCCCUGCACUUGGAACAUGGUUGGGUGCUCACCGGUUGGUUUCGUCAUUUCACUUGAAAUGCCUAGCAUGGGUUUAAUGGGUACGCUAUCUCCUAGCAUUGGGAAUUUGAGUCACCUUCAAACAAUGUUAUUGCAGAAUAAUCUGAUAUCUGGUUCUCUUCCUGUUGAGAUAGGGAAGCUCGUGGAACUUCAGACUCUUGAUCUUUCAGGAAACCAGUUUGUUGGUGAAAUCCCUAGCUCUUUGGGCCUUCUGACUUAUCUAAGUUACUUGCAGCUUAGUAAGAAUAAGCUCUCUGGACACAUUCCCAGAACGGUUGCUAAUCUUAUGGGUCUUCUAUUCUUGGAUCUGUCAUUCAAUAAUCUUAGUGGUCCAACUCCAAAAAUACUUGCAAAAGGAUACAGUGUUGCAGGAAAUAGGUUCCUUUGCACAUCAUCACUCUUGCACGUUUGUACUGAGGCUUCCAAACCAGUAAAUGCGACAAAUCCGUUACCAAAAAGUAGUGGUCAUCAUCGAUGGGUAGUUGCAAUGGUUGUGGGUGUCAGCUGCUCCUUUGUGGCUACUUUGAUGUUGAUUGUUUGUUGGAUAUGCUGGUGCAGAUGGAGAUUUCUGUUUUUCUCAUAUGAGCGGCAAGAUUGUGAAUUUCACAUGGGUCAUCUACAAAGGUUCUCAUUUCGUGAACUUCAAAUGGCCACUGAUUAUUUUAGUCCCAAGAAUAUUUUAGGUCAAGGUGGCUUUGGAGUGGUCUAUAAAGGGUGUCUUCGGAAUAAGACAUAUGUGGCAGUGAAAAGGUUAAAGGAUCCCAAUUUUACUGGAGAAGUGCAGUUUCAAACUGAAGUUGAGAUGAUUGGCUUGGCUCUACACCGGAACCUUUUACGAUUAUAUGGCUUCUGCAUGACGUCAAAUGAGAGGCUUCUUGUUUAUCCAUACAUGCCAUAUGGGAGUGUUGCUGAUCGGUUGAGAGAUCCUUGUCAUGAAAAACCAUCUUUAGAUUGGAGCAAACGAAUGCAUAUCGCUCUUGGAGCUGCCCGUGGAUUGUUGUACUUACAUGAACAGUGUAACCCAAAAAUCAUUCACAGGGAUGUCAAAGCUGCAAAUAUUUUACUUGAUGAAAGUUUUGAAGCUGUGGUGGGGGAUUUUGGACUGGUUAAGCUUUUAGAUCAAAGGGAUUCACAUGUCACAACGGCAGUGCGGGGUACUGUGGGACACAUUGCCCCUGAAUAUCUAUCUACAGGGCAGUCCUCCGAAAAAACUGAUGUAUUUGGAUUUGGUAUAUUGCUUUUGGAACUCAUAACAGGGCAGAAAACAUUGGAUGCAGGAAAUGGUCAGGUUCAAAAGGGGAUGAUUCUUGACUGGGUUAGGACUUUGUAUGAGGAAAAAAGACUGGAACUGCUGGUAGAUAAGGAUCUCAAUGGAUGUUUUGAUGUGGUUGAGCUGGAUAAAGCAGUAGAGGUUGCUCUGCAAUGUACUCAAUCCCAUCCAAGCCUCCGGCCAAAGAUGUCCGAAGUACUGAAGGCCUUGGAGAGUGUGGUGAGACAGUCUGAACAUAUGGAAGAAGAGCAAGUUGAUAAUCUUUCUGGAGACAGGGAAUACAGUUUCUCCAGAAAUUACAGUGAUGUUCUUCAAGAAUCUUCAUUCAUCAUUGAAGCCAUGGAGCUGUCUGGGCCUAGGUGACAAAUAUCAGAUGCCGCCUCCCUAGUCAAAACCCUGAGGAGUUU